CGACGCGUCGGCUGCCGCUGCCGCGCCGGGCGCGACUCAGGACGGCGUGGAUUCCGGGUCGGCCAAGGACCGCGACCAGCAUGAGGAAAUGCAGGACUCCAAGGGGGAGUCGGACGACGAAUUGAAGGAGAGUGAUGCUGAAAACGCUCCUGAGAAUACGGCUCAAUAUCACACUCCGAUGCAACAGGCACAUAACGAAAGUCGACACUGGAUACCCACCAGCAUCUCCCGCAUCUUCAGCUGAUUCCGUUUUUUUAUUAAGAGAAGGGAAGAGAGAGAGGAUCAAGUGGUGUGGACGGGCGCCCAGGAUGAUUACCGGCUUCUAUUACGUAUCGUGUUGUAUCUUUCAGGCUCUAUUAUGGGUGAACUCUGGCAACGGCAGGCGGCAAGGGCGUGGCGUUUCGCGAGUAUUGCUUGAGAUUGUACUUUCCCCCCUUUUUUAUUCUUUUCUUUUUCUUUUUCUUUUGCUUUUGCUUUCACACCAGGUUUGUAGUCCGGUGCUUAGGUAUGACGCCAAUGGGAUAUCAAAGCGUGGCCCGCCAGUCUCCAUCAAUACGAAUUGUACUUAUCAAGAUCAAGUUUGCCUCUUAAUGCGGAGGAUAUUAGAGGAUACCUGUGAUGCUAUCUCGCAGACUUGGUUGCGAAUGGGCAGCUCCUCCAAAGUUAUGCAAUCUUGCGCUGAGAUUCCGUGACGGCCUCUCGUCUGCUCGCAACACCUUAGGAGG